AUGCAAGCACGUGGUGCACCGGUUCCACCGAUGAAGGGUAUACCCAUUCUCCUGCUCGCAGGCGAGACAGCGAGUGAAGAAGACGAUGCCUUUGUUAGCUGGGUGCACUAUGUGCGUCGCCUCAGCAACAUUUUUGCUCUAAGGGCUAGUGCCCAUGCGGCGGAUGUGCGUCUCGAACGCAAGAUUCGGUACGAUUAUGCCAAGCUUAAGGCCAGAGGCCAAUUGCGCAAGCGCACACGCUAUGCUUCGGCUACUAAGGUAGACGCGAGUGCUGGUCAGUCUGUGACCAACAACCCGCCAAACCGCACCACUAGUGGUGGGGAACGGCCUCGGCCUCGAGAUGACCAUGGCCACGAUGAUCAAAAGCAUCCAAAGCAUACGGGCAGUCUUGCCGAAGGGGUGCCUCAAAUUCCCAAGAGUUUUCAGACUCAGGGUACCCACGCCACUUUACCAGAUACUGGUAUUGGCCCUGACGACGACGUCGUUUCAGUAGUCUCUCGACAUGAAAUUGACGACACCCAUGCUCAUCGAGCAAAGUCGGUGGCGGCCGGUGUACCGGUGGAGGCCCACGAGAAAUUGGUUCUCGAAGUGAAGGGUCUCUAA